AUGCGUCUCUCACUCUCCAUCUUCGCAGCCUAUCUGGCCACCAUCGCCGUAGCCUUACCAACCACUCCUACCGAGACAGGAACCCUCGACACCUCAUACCCCAACGCCAAGCUAGUCUUCUCCUCCGGCGUUGGCAAAGAAGCGAAACGCGAGCAAUGCGACGGCAACCCUACGAACUUGCAAUGCUGGCAGAAUAAGAGAUGCGACAUUACGGAUUUGGAGUGUUGGCAGCAUCAUUAUGGUGAUUUUGAGAGAAGUGAGAGACGAGGAAAGGCGGCUGUGCCUGUGUAUGGGAUUCCGGAGGCUUUGGAUCAGUAG